AAGUCGAGUAGAAAAAGAGAGACACACUGAACAUUUUACUUCAAAACACUCAAGAGAGGAUUAUCAUGAAAACAAUGGUGGUAAGUCUGCAUAUCAGCAGACAGAAAGUGAAUCCGAGUCGGAGGAACUGAGCUCUAGAAAAACUUCAGAUGGCGGAGUACGAAAGGCGCUACAUAAAGAGCGCUCAUGGCAUGCAUGUGUAUAAGGAUCCCUACAGUGAGAAUAAACAUUUUAAAAAUGCGGAUAAAGGCAAAAGAGAGGAUACAAUGCAGAAUUUUGACUACGAAAAUGAUGGAGCUGAGUAUCUUCCUAUAAGAAAUAUCCAAAGAAGGAGAGAUGAAAGGUAUAUGGAAAUUUCGGACCAAGAAUAUCAUCACAAAGAAGGAAGGAGCAAGGAACCAAAAGGAAGGGAUGCUGUUCGAGGCACACGGGAUGGUUAUAUGAUGCCAGCAACAGAACAAUAUUCAGAUGAGUUUCAGAUGGCUGAAAGGAGAGUCUAUCGCCGUCGGCCAGGAUUCAGCUACGAAAGUGCCAAAGAUGAGAGGAAGGACGAGUAUAGCUCUGAUGAGGAGAUUCUGGAUGAAAAUGUGCCGUCUUUGGUACACCAGCCAGAUCGUCCAGGACAGCAUAGAAAUAUAGCAAAGCAACGUGUCUAUGAUGAGAAUGCUAGACCAGGAAUUCCAAGCAUAAGAAGGAGACCGGCAAGGUUCAAAUUUGAUGAUGAUGAAGAGGAAGACGAGGAGGAAUACGUGCCAAUAAGAACUCCAAGGAAGCAAAAAACUGAUCAAAAUACACCGAAUCAUUAUGAUGAUGAUAGAAGGGGAGGCCAAAAAUCACCUAACAUUAACCAGGAGUUCUGUAGAAGGAGAAACUACUCUUUACGGGAUAGACACCAUGGCUUUUCAUUUCCCAAGGAUGUGCCAAGACAAAGAAACUACUUUCCAAAUGAAGCUCCAGUUUAUCGAAGACCACCUAGAGAUCAAAGAAGAGUAAGAGGCCCUCAAUCAUUGAGUGAACUAUCCAUAAGAGAAGAUCCACGCAAGCAUAGAGUUCAAGCAAAUGAUUUUAUUAGUGAUGAGGACGACGAUAAUUCUGAAUAUGAGGAAAUAAGAGGGCAGAAGCACAAGUUUUCAGGGAUAAGAAGAGAACACCCAGAUAAUGCCCGACUACUUAAGGGACAUUGGAUUUAUUCAGAAGCUUCAACACCAGGCAAUGAAGACUACUCUGAUGAAUCUGAAGAUGAGAGAGAUGUGAUGCACGCAGGUCCUGAACCUGUUGUUCCCCAGGAAAUUAAACUAACCCCAGGAAAGCUUAUCAGUGUGUUGGCAAAGAAAAGGGAUUUACGAGCAACACUCUUGCAGCUGCUUGAAUAUCAUCAUAUGAAGACACAUUUGGUGAGACGUAUUGUGUUGGCAAACCCUCAUUUAUUUAAAAUGGCAGGUGAAAUUAUUGAAAUCAGACUAAACAUUAAGAUAUGUACUGCUCAUAAUGGAACCAGAGGCUGCCUAAAUCGGUCAACUUGUAAAGAUAUGCAUAUUUGUGCAAAAUAUGUCAGAGGUAAGUGUGACAGUGAGGAAUGUGUUAUGGGACAUUACUGGCUUACCAGACAUAACAUGGGAAUCUUAAGCCAACUAAAAAUCCAGAAUUUACCGGAAGAAUCUUUGGAGAGACUCUUACAGUCUUCAUUCUCAAAUACUGGUGCAUCUAAAAGUGAACCCAGUGUGUGUUAUAAAUAUAAUAAAGGGGAAUGUCAACGUCAGCAAUGCCAGCAACUUCAUAUUUGCUAUACAUACAUAACCAAUAACCUCUUGUGCACAAAAAUUAAGUGCAAGUUGAACCACAGCUUAAGGAAGCUUAACUGCCGCAGGGUGCUGGAGGCUGCAGAUAUUGAUAUUAAUGAGAGCCCUAAAGAUGUUUUGGCUGCAUUGCUUGAAGCAAAUCCUGCACUCAAGUUAAGAGAUGAAAGGACAAAAAUCAGAGCUGGUCAAGACCAAGGAAAGGGAAUAACAAGCCAAACUGCUCAAGAGCAAGGAAGUGGAAGACAAGACCAAAUUAGUAAGACUGUAGGUGAUAAAGAAAAUAAAUUGAACAAAAAGAAGAAAAUUCGCACAUUCUGGUCAACUCAGGCCAAUGGUGAGGUGAAUAUAGUAGAAAUUUGUUAUAAUUCAGUUGAAAGCACUUGUCCCAGUGAAACCAGUGGCUGUCAGAGACUCCAUUCCCUGGAACAUUACCACUGGCAGAUGAGUGAAAAUGGGUCAAAUUGGCUAAAUUUACAAAUGCACCAAGUGAAAGCCUUGGAGAGAGCCUUCUGUGAUGUAAAUAAUGAUGGCAUAGAAAUGCCUCGUGUUGAUCCUUCACACCAAGUUAGCCUACUAAAGAAACUAGGCCGUGAUACCUGGACAGCGGAUUUUACAACUAUGAAAAUAGUUAAUAGUAGUAAAACUAUCUCCUUUCAAAUUCGUAGGCUUUGCACUGAGACAGUGCCAGGCAAAGUAAUAGAUGCUGCCGUUAAUGUAUGGUAUUUUUUGGAUAAACAGCAAAAUUGGGUGGAAUAUGGCAAGGUAGACUCCGUAGGAGAGACUAACUUAGUAGUUAGUUUGGCAAGUGAUGCCAUUGAAAAAGAGUUUCUUAAAGAUUCUACUGCUUCAAUUCAGUUUAAAAAUUCUAAGUUUACUUACACCCUGGAUUUCAAGUCAAUGGCCCAGACCAACACACAGACUCAAGUCACACGUGAAGUUCGUCGUAGACCCCAAAUUCACCUUCAAGAAGAAAAAGACCAGGAGCAGCAAAAGCAAAGAAAACUUCCUGCACAUUGGGAUGAGAUGAAAAGUAAUGAACGAGUAAAAAGAGUAGUUAUAGCCUCAUCUGGUGAUGAAUACAAAAACAUUUUACCAUUAUUAGGAAAUAUAUCAAGUAAUGUAACCAAAAUAGAGAGAGUGCAGAAUCGCUUCCAUUGGCAAGCAUUCCAAAAUAAAAUAGAAGAAAUGGCUGACAUAUAUGGGGAUCCAACAAAAGUAAAUAUUAGACAACUCUUCCAUGGGACAGGCCAUGACAUUGUACCAAAGAUAUGUAACGAAAACUUUGAUCCCAAGUUGCAUGGACAAAGUGCAGGUCAAGCUUAUGGACAAGGCACUUACUUUGCUCGUGAUGCUAGUCUGUCUUUUGGUUAUUGCAAAACUGAUAGUAGUGGUCUCAAGUAUAUGUUUAUGGCAAAAGUAGCAGUUGGAUCACUAACAACUGGAAAUUCUUCUAUGGCAAGACCCCCAAUCAAUUCUUCUACAGGUUAUCCUUUUGAUUCAACAGGGGACAAUGCUACAAAUCCUUCAAUUAUAGUCAAGUAUGACAAAGCAGAAUACUUCCCAGAGUAUAUACUUACAUUAAAGUAGUUUUAUCAAGAAGAAUAAGUACAGAAUUCUUUCAACUGUUAAGCUCAAGUUGUGCUUCAAUGUUGGUUAUUAAACUUUUCAAGAGAAAUACAGUAGUGUAGUCUGAUCAGAACUGAAUAGUUUUUAAAUGCUGGGCAAUUUUUUUGGCUGAAUAUUAAAAUCAGUCUUGUCCAAGUUAAUGCUGUACAUAUUGUCAGAUUACACAUACAGGAGACAAAAACCUUUUUUAGGUUUUGGAAGGCAAAGGCUGCCUACUUUUACAUCUGUCAGUGUAAGCCUCAUGAGGCCUGCUUGUACAUCUGUCAGUGGAAGGACUACUGUAGUGUUUUUUUUACAUUUUUUUAAUAUCAUUAUGAACUUCACUGUAAGGGCUAUAGAUAUUUCCACAUAUUACCUAUAUGUAAAAUGGUAAACCCCCAGUUAAAGUUUAGUCAAAAUGAAAUAAAAUGGUGUUUAACCUUGAGAAAAUUCCUUAUAGAAAGAUGUGUUGAACAUAUGCAAUUACAUUAUCACCUACUAAUCCAAGUUUAUUCCUCAAAACAAGAAUUUUGAAUUUGUUCCUGUUUGUGAACAGCCUGAUACAAUGCUGUAGCAUUGUUGAUUAAGUAGCACAAUACUUUCAACUCCUUCAUUCAUUUUCAAAAAUGUUCUUAUUUUAUUUCUAUGAGAGUGGAACUGAAUUGUAUUAGCAAAGUUGUCAUUGUAAUAAAGUAUAUUAUAGUCUUACAAAGGUUUUCAUGGAACAGUACCUGGUGCUGCCUUUGCAUAAAAGCAUAAACAUGUCAAAAAGUGUUUAUUUCGUUAAUUGCAAAAAGGUGGUGAAAUAUAAUAAAGAUCUGAAAUUAAUUUGUUUCGCUCUUAGGUAUACAAACCUUUUAUGAAGGCAUAAACUCUAGUCACUGAAACUUGAUAACAAAGUAGUUAACAAGUGGUAGGGCGAAGUGGGGUGGCUAAGGAGGGAUUAUGAUAAAAGGCUCUCAGCUGUAUGCAUAGGAAAAAUAUAAAUGACUUUAAAAAUCUGUUUUUGUUUCUACAGAAACACUAAUCAUAUCUUUUAUGUAAGAGACUUAUUCCUUAGGAGUAAGGCUCUCUCUCUGCUGAUUGGAAAGUUGAAUCUCCAACCGAAGUAGUCUCAUUCUUGAUCAAAAUAGUGAAUGGGAGACUUAGCCCCUGUAACUUCCUUAUUUGGCAUGGCAUAGGGGAAGAAGAAUGUUAAGGUACUGAGUGAGUGAGAUGUGCCUGCAAGAAAACACCAGAGAAGCAAGUGUGACCCAGAGGGGGUAACAAGUUGGAAGGUGUUUUUAAAUUUCAUCCAGUAAAAAUAAAGGACUUGGAUUAGGAUCUAAGCCAUCUUGUCAAUAGGGGAAACAGAGAGCAUUGUGUUUAAUAAGUCACAGCUCCAAGACUGGAUGGUAGUUUGUAUAGCCUACUUGCAUAUACACCCUGUCAAGCACAUAUCUGUUCAAACUACUGUCUUGCAGAGGGAGGAAAGAACAAAGGGAAGCCAGUCACUACCAUUCAACACUAGUCUUAGGCCAUCAGUGUACCUUAGGUAAGAUGCUUUGGUAUCAAGAGGAGCUUGGGUCACUACACAACCUAUUGACAAGCUUACCACAGGUCCCAAGGAGAAGUUAUGCAGGUUUUUGUGGGUGAUGUCUCUUUACCAAUCUUGUAUGUUGCUUAAGUUAGACUGUGGAGGAAUGAGUCCUAAUUCAAAGGCCAGAGCUCAUGAGGAGGACAAGACUAACCAAGGCUCCUCAUGAUCACUGAGACAAAGCUCCAUGCCCAUGUGUAUGAAGCUCUGGAGGGAGAGGAGCUUGCCUUGAGAAAUGUUGACGAGGGCAUCCACAAUCUGCUGAAUGACACCAAUCACUGUAGAUUACCUAACUCCCCUGUUACAUGUUAGAUGAAGUUCUUAAGAGGCACCCUGCCAUUUCGUCAAUAGUCUUGCUAGACAUUCUCUCUCUUGUAGGAGCUGGUGAUUAACCUCCAAGCAUGGAGCUGAAAGUUUUGUAUCCACUAAUAUGUCUGCUUAUGUAGCUGGUGAAGAGGGGGCCCCAUAUGGAAAUCUGGGCUUAUCCACAAAGAGAACCAGAAGAUUGGUAAUACACCUAACCCCAAGUGUGAUCAACACUCAGUUGACCAAACUGAAACUGUUUAAAUUUUCCUGGGGUUUGUAGGAAAGUGUCUUCCAGACGGAUACCUAUACUAACCAAUCCUCCAGGUAACACAGCAACCACAUAACCUCCAAAUGGACCCAAGCCAACACCAAGAUGAAAACUCCAAAACAGAGAAUUUUGAAGAGGUAAACAGUCCUGUUGCAGGCAAAACAGAGGUAAAUCUGAAAUUCUCAUGAAUUGUUACAGUGCUUGGAAGUAUGUGUCCUUCAGAUCUAUCAGAAGCAUGAAGUUGCAAUCUCUAAUGGAAUAUGACACUCACUGUGCUGUUUCCAUUUUGAAGUCAGUCUGCAACACAAACUUGUUCAACAGUGAGUGCCUGAUGAUCAGUCUCCAGUCCCCGGUUGCCUUGUCCACUAUGAAGAGGCAACUGUAAAAACAAGGAGACUGGUCCCCCUUGACUUCUAUGUCACCUAUCUUCAUCAAUAGGACCAAAGGUUUUGGAAAAUAUAGAAGGUAAGAAAGUACAUGAGAAGAAAUGGUAGCAGUUCUUAAAGGGAAUCCUGUCACCAUACUAGAGGACUGAAAAUACCCAGGUUUCUGUCCUAGCUCUGUCAAAUAGCCUAUUGCAAAACAGCCAUACCCCUACUCAUGGAAUUGGGGAGGAGAAGUACCACCUUCAGCCAAACAUUUCUUUUCUUCUUUUUCUUCCCUCCUUUCCUUGCUUAGUUAUAAGAGCAAAAGGGGUGGGGAGAUUCCCCUCCCUUCCUAGAGGAAGAAAAUUAAGUCACUGGUCUGGGUUUUGGAAAAGCAAGUUGCCUCCAAAAUCCAGAAGCUGAAGGGCCAGCUACUCCCAAAAGGCUUGGGUGCAAGUUACUUCAACCCUGGGACUCGGAUAGUCUCUGCUCCACCACUGCUUCCUUGGAAAAAAGCAAUGGAGUGCCUAACCAAACUGUUCCAGAGUAUGAGAACUACCAUUGUUUAAACUGGAGGGAAGAAACCAAAUUCUUCCUUUUCAGAAAGAAGCCAGCCCGAAAACUGGCAUUCUGAUGUGACAAAAAAUUAAGCACCCUUCCUCUAAACACCAGAAAUCUCCAGAGAUUUGCCCUUUUACCCCAGGAUUCAACAAAGUUCCCCCAUAGGGGAAUGGUGCCAUCAGUGCACCUCAUGUGGUACAAUGUAGGCAUUACUUAGGUUAUUGCAGCAUCCCCUCAGCCACUAACUGUAGCCCUUUUCAUUCCUUUUAUUGUACUACCUCCUUUCAUAUCCUCUAUCUUCCAUCUUACACUUACCCUCUCCAAACAAUUAAUUCAUAGUGCAACUUUUUUUUUCUUGUAUGGUGUUUUUAUGUUGCAUGGAACCAGCAGUUUUUCAGCAACGAGACCAAUGGCUUUACGUGACUUCCGAACCACGUCGAGAGUGAAUUUCUAUCACCAGAAAAACACAUCUCCCACUCCUCAAUGAAAGGGCUGAGAAUCGAACUUGCGACAACUGAGGUGGGAUGCCAACACCAUACCAACCACGCCAAUGAGGCGAUUUCAUAGUGCAACUGCACGGUUUUCUUCCUGUUACACCUUUCAAACUUUUAGUUUCAAUUUCCAUUUCAGCACUGAAGGACCUCAUUGUCUUUUGGUCUAAUUUAUAUAACCAUGAAACUGAUUAUGCUUAUAAACAGCAACCAUCACACUUAAAAUUUAUGCAAAAGCCAAUAUUUUCACAUCUUAUUUUCCCAUAUUUUUAACAAAAUAUACUAUAUAGAUAAACUUUAUGCAAAAAAGAAUAGCCCUUUUCUCCUCUUGUACACAACAUGCUAUACAGUAAGUGUACUGAAUGUACACUGUCAACACUGCCAUCAUCCACAGAACAAGCAAACCUCUUUUUUUCACAUAUGCAACACACACUACGGAAGAUGUAUACUGUUUGUAUAGUACACCACCUUAUAACUUGGUUGUCACUUUGUUUUUCCUAUUUUGCCUAAGCACAUAAAAAUAUACAUCUUAGGUAUAAAAACAACUCUCUCUGUGUGUCAGUUGUGUGCUGCCAAAACUCCAUACAACAACUGGAUUUUUAAAAUGUGUAAUUAGGUUAAAAAGGCCUCCUACCACUCCUCCUCCUUAUCCUCCAACUGACAUUUGACUUCUGUGAGUCCCAGGAAGCAUUUGGAGAUGAACUGGCUAGAAGAGGCAUGGAGGUACCUAGAGGGUUCUGUUUGAGAAGUGACAAAGAAACAUUUGAUUCCUGAUUGAAGGAACCUUUCAUAUAAACAAAGGGAAUUUGGAAGCAUCCAAUGUUUGACCAUUUUGAAGUCUUCAACUAUGGCUACAAAAUUUGUAGCCAUAGCCUUCAACUCAGCAUGGCAUGCAUGCCAGCUGCUCUUUGCUGACAAAACCACCUCAAGGUUGUUCAACCUCUUCAUAUUAAAGUUUUGCCUAUCACCAUGAAGUCUUUGCUUCUUGGUGGCUUUUUCAUGGAAGUGCAUUGGGUACUCCUCUAAAAAUCCCAUAGCCCAUUGUAUCCCGAUUCUCCCAACAAUUUUAAGCUUCUGCAUUGUCAACUCCAUCUUAGGAUGAGAUGGGGCCAUACAGAGAAUUAACAGUACCACACAAUACAAACACACUAGCAAUGUUGCAGGUACCACAACAAAUGCAACAGCAUUAUGGGAAAGCAGUGCAACCCAAUAACAGCAGUAACCACUGAAAGACGAAUACCAAUAACUGACUCAAAACUGGACAAACAAGUAUGGUUUGCUGCCAAGUGCACUCAUACUCUGAAUGUAGCCAAUUAGGGAAGGAAAUUUUUAUGUCAUCAUGAGGCAUGCUCAAUCAGACAUUCAAAAGUAAAAAUCACUCUGUGAAGUGAUGUACCCAUUUCUGCUAGUAGUAGGAAGUUUACAGAAAAUGAGUGCUUGCCUGCCCAUGCACCAUUUACUAUAUGCAACUAAACUGAUGAUAUCUAUACAUCAACCAAUUUAAAGUGAUAAGCAAAAUGAUGUAUGAUGACAUGUCAAUUGGCACAUGUUUUUAAGCCAAAUAACAAUUAUGAAAGUCCAGCCUUCCCCCUCCCUACCCCAAAAACUUUCUUGCUUCCCUACCCCAUAGCUGUUACCAACCCUUCCUCUCUGCAGUGUUGCCAACCUCUGGAACACAGUUUUAUUAUUUUUUAUGAAUUGUAUUCAGCAGUCUCUCCCAUAUCCACAGUAAUAGAAACAAGGCCCUGCAGGAUAGGGGCACAAUCUGAAUAAGCUCCCCCUAAAAAAUUAUGUUAAAGAGCAACUCCAUAUCCUUACUCCUAUGAUGUCAAUACUGCAUAAUCAUACAGUAAUCUCUUGAUUAUCUGGAUUAAUAGAGCCAAGGCUGAAGGAUGGCCUUGUGGUCAAUGACUAUGGCACGCAUGGGUUGGCUUGGCCUAUGUCAACCGUCUCCUAUCCUGGGCUAUACUAUAACUCUUACCUGGAAGGAAGUGAUAUAAUCAUGUUACAUGAUGUUACCUAAAUAUUGAAUAAACUGAGAAUAUAGCUGUUUCAUAGGCAAAAUCUACCUACUACUACUACUAUUACGAUGCCAAAUGCUACCGCGCAUGCUCCAUGUCAUGGGAGCUUUUGUUUCAGACACUGACUCCUAAAUGAGCAAAAUGGUGGGGGAAUUUUUGGGGGAACAUAUUUAAGUAAUCACGUUGCAAUAUUAACCCUACAUUGUGAUAGGACCGAGUGAAGAAAUGGUGGGGGAAUUUUUGGUGGGACAUGCAUUAACCAAUAACGUUGCAAUAUUAACCCUACAUUGCAAUAGGACCGAGUGACGAAUUUGGAGGGAUUCAUACACUGAAUUGCACAUAUUCCUUUUCCUCAUUUGUUUUAUGUUUGUCCUAUUAUUUCAACUUUGAUUUCUGAUGAAGUACCUGCUAGUGUUAAGAUAUGUUUUCCCAUGGCGAGCAGGCGCCAAGUAAGCAUGCCGGUUGGAGACGGCAACUGGCGUCAGUAUGUAAUUGAGGACCUAAUAAACCACAUGCCUCUA